AGAAAUUUUCUAUCCACCGACCAGAGGCGCAAGCGCUACAUCCUCGAUUGCAAUAAGGGGGGUGCGGCUGUAACCAUGGAUCCCAGUGUACUCGCUACCAUGGACAAGGACACAUUGAAGAAACAGAUCGAGAACAUGAAAUAUCAAGCGGCCAUGGAACGGUGGUCGUUGUCCAAAAGUAUUGCGGCAAUGAGGGAAUACGUCGAAGAAAAUGAAAAGAACGACCCAUUGAUACACGCCCCUGACAAAAAGAACAAUCCAUGGGCCGAGAAAGGCAAGUGCAUAAUUAUGUAAGAAAAGGACCCCCUCGCCCCCCACGUUCCUCCCUAUCAACCAAAACAAUUACGAAGUGGGAGAAAAAUGACGGAAGUUGAGAAAAUAAUAUGAAAGAUAAAAAAAUUAUUACGAGAAAAAUGAUUGAAAAAAAAAAAAAAA